UCCCGAGGAACCCUCUCCGUGAAAGUUGCCGGCGGCGGCCGCCCGGCCCGGGGGCUGCUUCUCCGCGCCCGCCGAGCGGGGAGGGCUUUCCGGCCGGCCGGGCAUGCCCGCCUCCCUGCGCCGGCCGGGGCACGGCCGGGCCGCCCUGGGCCGCCGGCGGGACCGUUAGCUGGGGGCGGCGGAGGGCUCGCCGCCGUCCUGCCCGCCUCGGCGGAGCGCCAUGGCCCGGGACUGCGCCGCCCGCAGCCUGGACGGCAUCGACCUGGCGGCGCUGCGGGACCCUGCGGGAAUAUUUGAACUGGUGCAGGUUGUUGGAAAUGGGACAUAUGGACAAGUCUAUAAGGGUCGCCAUGUUAAGACUGGGCAGCUAGCAGCAAUCAAAGUGAUGAACGUUACUGAGAAUGAAGAGGAGGAAAUCAAGCUGGAGAUAAAUAUGCUAAAAAAGUACUCCCAUCAUCGGAAUAUUGCUACAUAUUAUGGCGCAUUUGUAAAGAAAAGUCCUGCAGGCCAAGAUGAUCAACUCUGGCUGGUGAUGGAGUACUGCGGUGCGGGCUCUGUCACUGACCUGGUGAAGAAGACAAAAGGCAACUGUUUCAAGGAAGAUUGGAUUGCGUACAUCUGCAGAGAGGUUCUCAGGGGCUUGGCACAUCUUCAUGCUCACCAUGUCAUCCAUCGAGAUAUUAAAGGACAGAAUGUUCUUCUCACAGAAAAUGCAGAAGUAAAACUGGUGGAUUUCGGUGUGAGUGCUCAACUGGAUAGGACCAUUGGAAGAAGAAACACGUUUAUUGGCACACCGUAUUGGAUGGCACCUGAGGUCAUUGCUUGUGAGGAGAACCCAGACUCUACAUACGAUUACAGAAGUGACCUAUGGUCUCUGGGGAUCACUGCUAUUGAAAUGGCCGAAGGAGCUCCUCCCCUGUGUGACAUGCACCCCAUGAGAGCGCUCUUCCUCAUCCCACGGAACCCGCCCCCCAAGUUGAAAUCCAGAAAAUGGUCAAAGAAAUUCCUAAACUUCGUUGAAAGCUGCCUUGUAAAAAACUAUUUGCAUCGUCCGUCCACUGAAACCUUGCUUAAGCAUUCUUUCAUCCGAGACAUGCAGAAUGAACGGCAAGUGCGCAUCAUGCUGAAGGACCACCUGGACAGAACCAGGAAGAAAAAAGGAGAAAAGGAAGAAACGGACUAUGAUUACAGUGGAAGUGAGGAGGAAGAUGAUGAGCUGAAUGAAGACGAAGGAGAACCAAGCUCCAUAGUUAAUCUCCCGGGGGAGUCAACGCUCCGUCGUGAAUUUCUGAGGCUGCAGCAGGAGAACAAAAACCGUUCUGACCCUCAUCGCCAGCAGCAGCAGCUGAAGGACCAGGAGAAAUACAAGAAGCAGCUGAUGACGGAGCGGCAGAAACGGAUUGACCAGCAGAAAGAGCAGAGGAGGAGGCUGGAAGAUCAUCAGAGGCGAGAGCAGGAGCUACGGAGGCAGCAGGAGUGUGAGCAAAGGUGGCCAGAGGCUCAGGCCGCUCAGAGGAAAGAGGAGAGGUGUAAAGAAGACAAAAGGGCUGUGGAAGAUGAACGGUUCAUAGUAGAUGGACAGAGGAAAUCAGAAAAGAAGCAGAAGGUGGAAGAUGUGCAGCACAACAGGAGGGUGCAUCGAACUCUCCCCAAAGAUCAGACACAGCUACUGUCCCUCCAGCAUGACCACAAGCAGAAGAAGAAGGAGCCUUCCAAGAGUUCAAAUUCAGCAGUGCAUCCUCCAUCGAGCAGCACAAGCAAAGAGGCCGAGGACCGAAAAAAGAAAAGUGACAGCAUCCAGCCUUCCCUCCAGUGGCCAGCGGUGCUGGGGCACGAAGCCACGCCACACGCCAGGAUGGGGUCUGGCAGCAGUUCCAGCCCUUGCACCCCGGCGCCGCAGAGAGCCGUGUUAGUACAGUGUGAAAAUUUCCGGGCUAGUAAGGAUGUGUACCACAGCAGUUCACUGUCAGAUAUGGUGACGGCACCACUCAGCCCUGUGCAGGAUGACGUAUUCUGGAGCGUGAGUCAAAACGAAGAACAGCCCCCAAAGGUUCCAGAAAGGACAACCUCUAAAUUUUACAGCAGGGAUCAGCCUGGCCAUCAGAGAUGCCUUUCAAGCACUCAUCAGUCAUCCCCCGGGGGACAGGCUCUGAAGCUAAACAGCAGCAGCAGCGCUCCUGGCAGCAAGCAGUGGGAGAUGGGAUCUCAUCAGAGCAGCUGGUCAACCUCAGGGAAUCCAGGACCGGCCAAGGCAGAGAACGCUUUGUCCCAGAACCACUUCCAGCUGCAUAAGAAGUCUGAAAAAGUUUCUCACCCAGGCCAGAUUGCAAAUCCAGGCUCCUUUGCCAAGGGGAGGGACGGUGCCAACGCAUUCUUAAAAGCAGCAGACUAUUCCUCAUCGAGCGAUGAAGCUGGCAGCAGCGACGAAGAUGACACGAACCACACAAGGCAACUGCUAAGCAGCAGAGUGGCAGAUUUCUCAAGGACGAGAGUACCAGAUGGAAUUGAACUGAAACCCCAAAGCACCGUCGCAGAACAGAAGGAUCAGAUUUUAGGGCAACAAAUUUCUAGCACCCAAGAAGGCCUCUGGAGCAUAAACAACCAGAACUAUCUCCUGCCAGAUCUCCUCCAGCAAAGCCAAAUUUCAGACUCCUCUGUGAACCCACCAAAAGUGCCACUGACCAGCCAGGAACCUCAGAACAAACCUCUGAAUAAGACCCCGUGCACUGAAAGCACACCUUCAAAGAGCAGUACAUCGUCUACAACAUCAUUCACUUCAUUCAUAGAUCCCAGACUUCUGCCAAUCACCCCUCCCACCAGUCCAGUAGGACCUUCCUGUAGUUCUCCAUCUAGUGCAAAACCUGAGCCUGUCAGGAGAGAAAAUGCAAGGAAGGGCUCUGUUGUCAAUGUCAACCCAACGAAUAUCCGCCCGCAGAGUGACAGUCCAGAAAUUCGGAAAUACAAGAAGAAAUUCAACUCCGAGGUCCUUUGUGCUGCUUUGUGGGGAGUAAAUUUACUGGUGGGAACAGAGAAUGGAUUGUGGCUGCUGGACAGAAGUGGGCAAGGAAGAGUUUAUUCACUGAUUACAAGGAGGCGAUUCCAGCAAAUGGAUGUUCUGGAAGGACUCAAUGUGCUAAUUACUAUAUCAGGGAAGAAGAGUAAGUUGAGGGUCUAUUACUUAUCAUGGCUGAGAAAUAAGAUUUUGCGCAAUGAUCCAGAGGUGGAGAAGCGGCAAGGCUGGGUGUCUGUGGGUGACCUGGAGGGCUGUGUACACUACAAAGUCGUAAAAUAUGAAAGAAUCAAAUUCCUUGUAAUUGCUUUGAAAAACUCAGUGGAGGUUUAUGCUUGGGCUCCAAAGCCUUAUCACAAAUUCAUGGCUUUUAAGUCCUUUACCUCACUUCAUCACAAACCACUGUCAGUGGACCUGACUGUUGAAAAUGGACAAAGAUUAAAAGUUGUAUAUGGCUCAGUAGUAGGCUUUCACGCUAUUGAUGUGGACUCUGGAUCUGUGUAUGACCUGUACCUUCCAACACACAUCCAGGGGACUAUUCGCCCACAUGCCAUCAUCAUCCUGCCGAAUACCAGCGGAAUGGAGCUUUUACUCACCUAUGAAGAUGAAGGCAUCUACAUUGAUAUAUAUGGGCAUUUCACAAAGGAAACUGUUUUACAGUGGGGAGAAAUGCCAGCAUCUGUAGCUUACCUUCAAUCUAAUCAGGUCAUGGGCUGGGGAGAGAAGGCAAUUGAAUUACGCUCUGUGGAAACGGGAAAUCUGGAAGGAGUAUUUAUGCACAAGAAGGCACAGAAGCUAAAAUUUCUGUGUGAAAGAAAUGACAAGGUGUUCUUUGCGUCUGUACAGUCAGGAGGCAGCAGUCAAAUAUACUUCAUGACUCUUGGUCAAAAUGUACUAUUCAACUGGUAAAUCACAUCAAAAUGAAGGAUGCUUUGAAAUUCCCUGUAGGUAGCAGUGUAAAAUGCUUGGAGGUAAUAUACACAGAUUUGCACUUUUUACCUGCAAAAAAUUUGUUGUUACUAACUUAUCAAAGUUUAUAUUCUUUCAGUUUGGAAAGAAUUCCAUUUUCCUGUCAAAGUAUUGCAAACAUGUUUAGUUUGUCUUCUAAAAUAUGUUGCAAACCAAGAUUGUACUCACAGUGUUAGGAGAGAACAACUUUAACAAAGAAUGUAGUCAGUAUAAGAAGCUCCUGUACUCUGAAAGCUGUACAGUGUCAUUGUCACAGAUGAUGUAAUGUUGUUAUCUUGAACUGAAGUCUCUUUCUUUUUUGGACAGCAACAUCUGCAGGUAGAUAUAAAAACACAAACAAGUUUAGUGGCAAAGCUAUUUUGAAUUGGGUUUUGGCUUGUUUUGAAUUUUAAGCAAGCUGUUACUGUUCCACCAAGAUGCGCUUGUCCAAGCCUUGGUGAAAGAGCAACUGUUGAUGAUGGGGCCUAACGCAGAUUGGGACGCUCGCGGGUUUGUAUCCUGUGUUAGGUAGCCAGGUGCAUUUCACUGCAAAGCCGUAAAAGCGGCUACUUAAAAAAAGCGUAAAAGCCGUAAAAGCGGCUACGCAUGCCCCAUCUGGUAGAAUUUACAAAAUGCAGGGGACAGACUUCAUGUUUCUCUCAGGGCUGGAUGCCUGAGCCCAUAGACACAGUUACUGUAGAAUGUAUUUGUAAAAAUAGUUUAAAUAGUAGUUUGUCGAAAUCAUGUAUGCAUAAAGAAAACAUUAUGGACCUGAACCUGUAAUUUCAGAAACGGGACCCACGCUCAUGAGAGUUGAUUUAAAGGCACUACCCAUGUAUAUAAGGGCAAAUAUAAGGGCACAGGAUGAGGCACCUUCUUUUCUUCCCUUCUUGCUCUUUCAGCAUCAAGUCUUCAUGUAUUUGUGUGUAAAUAUAAUCCUUCCACAAUGGAUGUUAAGAUUAACAAAUGUAUUCUUAAUAUAGUUCUGAAAAUAUCCAAAGAGUUAAUCUAUUAUAAAUAGAAAAUAUAAAUAAUUUCAGGUGCUUUCUGUGCUAAUUACAUCUAAAUAAAGCUGCAUCCACUAGUGUUAUUGGUGCCAGUGUUUCUGCAUAAACUCUGUUCUCAGGGGCUUGUAACUUGGCCAUAAAACUAUACAGAUAUAAUUAAUAUAUAUAUAUAUACACGCUAUAUAUAAUCAUAUACUAUGAUUAAAUUGUAGGGUUUAAUGCAAUCCUCAUUUAGCUGAUUUUGGAUGUGCUUUGAAAAUGUAAAGCAUCAAAUGUAAUUCAAAAGAGCUCAUUCCAGACAUGAUACAGUAUGGAUGACGCUGUAGGCAAAAGUGAAAUCGCUAGCUACAGUGUUUGAAAAUAGGUAUUUUUUUUUUUACUUGAAAUAUGUGAUACUGAAAGGUGCAGGGAAAGUGUGUUGGAAUAUCUGGUCGUCUACCUCAAGGAUGAUGAUUCAAAGUUGACUAAGAAGGGGAGAAAUAAAGUUGUUAAAACUGGUAGCUGUUUUGUACAGUAUGUCAGGUUAAGUUAGUGUUAGUAGUCACACCGUGACUGACGGGUGCUCAGAUCGCAACCAUCAGCUCCAGAACUGGUGUCCCUGUAUGUGUCAGCAGAGAAUCAAACUAGGGGCUGAUCCCCCUUCCCCGUGUCGGCAUCUCCACUGCGUGCAGGCAGAUCAGAGAUGCCUACACUGUUGCUGUCUAUAUUCUUUGGCUAUGUGGAGGACUGCACUUUCCAAAGUUAUUAACCUAGCACUUUUCACGGGCACUAGCUUAUCUCAAAAUGUAUAGUGGUUUUUUUAUGAAGUAUUUUCCUUUUAAAUGUUUUACAGAAAAAUAAGCCUAAGGCCAUACUAAAAAAUAUGUGCAGUUAAAUACUCAAAGUGGUUCUUAAUGUAUGCAAGUUAUCAGCUUGUGUGCAGACUUAAAAUCUGAACGGUAUUCUGUGCUCGGGCAGAGCUGUGUGAAAACAGGAGGUCUCUGUCUAUUUGUGGUAAUGUUCCUACCUGUUGCCAAUGUUAGGACUGGGGCAGAUGAGCAAAACGUGGCUUGGCUUCCCAUGCUACUGAACAUGGGGCUUGUUUUAUUCAACUUCCAACAAAAAAAACAACAACAACAAAAAAACCCCUAACAAACGCAGACCUGUAACAGAAACAGAGAUGAAAGUUAUAAUUACAGGCAAAAAGUAAUUUGCAGACAAUCAGAAAUACAGUUGACUUAAACUAAAAAGUCUAAGAGACUGUGAAGAAAGAACAGCUUUCAUUGUGUAGCCAGUCGGUGUGCAAAACUUGCUUGCAAAACUGCUUAUGCUAUAAGCAAUCACUGAUCCAGGCUGCCUAUAAUAUUUUUUCAAAAUGUGCUUGUCUCAGCAGCCUCUGCAUUACAUGGGAUGCAUGUGAAUUUUUUCCCUCUCCCAUUUUGGUGUCAACAGGUAGGAGGCAGAUUUUUCCUGAUGCUAGGCACUAGUUAAAAGGAAUUAGCAGAGAACAAUUCAUAUCAGCAGAUUAAAGAAGCAAACGUGAUCAAACUUGUUUGAUAUUAUUGUAAUGGAAAAAUGUGACAGUAAGUUGACACACUGUAAAGAUGUUUAGCUCCGUACCAAGUGGGGGAAAAAAGUGCAAGUUCAAGAGAGGGAAUGUGCACUAUUACACUGAAGUUUUAAUUUUUCAUUCUGUUUCCAUUAGCUUUUUCCUUUCCAGCUAUAAUUCAAGGCAGUAGGUUGGAUUUUCAUCUGACACUUUGCAUGUAAAACCGUUGGAAUUAUUGGGGUUACAUCCAUGUGUAAAUAUGGAAAGAAUGAGGCCCUUAGAGGUAAAUGCUUUUAAAGGAUUUAGAAGUGGUACUGCAAAUAGCAAUAGCAACUGGAUGCAACAAGGAGAAGAUUGUGGCAUUUUCUCCUCAUCAAGAGAAAAUCAGAAUGGUUGAAGAUAAGAAAGAGCCCAGAGAUGUUGAGAAGAGUAACAGAAGAGAGUGGAAAUGACUGAAGAGGUGGGAAAAGCUGAAGAAAAUAAACAGGAGUAGCCGAAGGGGAGGGAGUGGAUGUCUGGAACAGUGUAGUGUUGUAGAAGGAAUAAAAAAAAGGUUAAGAGAUGUUAAGGAAAAGAAAGUAACCAAAGAAAUGGAAAGGUAUCUGGAGUGACUGGGUGGUCUGAACACUGAAUGAGAGUGUGUUCCGAGUAACUGUUCACCUCAAAGCAAAAGUUCAAAGGCUUGAAGAAAAAAAAAAUAUCCAGAGACAUAAAUUUAACUAUGCAAAAUGUGUAUCGGAUUUGUGGUUUCAUUUCGUGAGGUGUUUCUCUAGCUGUAACCUUUCACUAACUUUUAAAACCAAGGAGUGAACUGCUUAACAGCGUUUUUCUAGUGAUGUCACUUUGAUGUGAACAAAUCCUACAGGGGCAGAGGCGCAUAACUUUAAGGAUCCAUGUCAGUAAUCCUUUGGUAUAUGCAGUAUCCUAAUGGCAGGUGGUGCUCCUAAUGUUAUAUUUGACAAACAAGAUUGCGCUAAUACUGCAGCAAGAUAGUAUUGUAUGUGCCUGCUUUCAUUUUAGGAAUGGUGAACUCUAUCCUGCAGCCUGAACCUUGACACAUGACUUUAAAACCUGCGAACAACGCAAGCUAUGUACUGUACGCUAUGUAUUGUUCCCUAAUGUUGAAAUUGUACAACCGAAACAGUAAUAAAAAAUACUCUGAAAAAUCAAAGAAAGCUUUGUUACUGUUACAG